UUCUUUUUUUUUUCUUUUUUUUUUCUUUCAUUGUCUCUUUCCUCUUUCUUCCUUUGUUUUUAUUAAGCAUGACGAUGGUUACCCUUCAACCUUCUAUUGAGUCUGUUCCAGUACCUGGUACAGGUAUUGCUAAUUUACCUAAUCAACGUCACAAGAUAGUAGCCAAGAAUGGUGCUAACUUUACUUUAAUGGUUUGUGGUGAAUCAGGGGUUGGUAAAACAACAUUUGUUAAUACGCUUUUUACAACAACCAUUAAAGAACCGAAGAAUUUAAAUAAAAGACGUAUAAAUAAGACGCCUUCAAAGACUGUUCAAAUUCAAAUCACUAAAUCAGAACUAGAAGAAAAAAUGUUCAAGGUCAAAUUAACUGUAAUUGAUACUCCUGGAUUUGGUGACUAUGUAAAUAAUCGUCAUAGUUGGAUUCCGAUAAUCGAUUUUAUUGACGAUCAGCAUGAAAAUUAUAUGAGACAAGAACAACAGCCUUGUCGUAAAGGUGUUAUGGAUAUGCGGGUUCAUUGCUGUCUUUAUUUUAUAAAGCCUACUGGUCACACUUUAUCACCUUUAGAUGUUGAGAUGAUGAAAAGGUUGGGUUCGCGUGUUAAUUUAAUUCCGGUUAUCGCUAAAGCAGAUACUUUAACACCUUCUGAUUUAGCCAAAUUUAAGCAAAACGUUAGAGACGUGAUUGCUGCUCAAAAUAUUCAAUGUUACUCUGCCCCUAUUGAAAGUGAUGAUGAAGCGACAAUGAAGCGUAAUAUUAAUAUUAUGGCAGCUAUGCCUUUUUGCUAUAUAAAAUUGCCUAAUGGUCGCAUAGCCAAAGGACGUGCAUAUUCAUGGGGAGUCGCUGAAGUAGAAAACGAUGAACAUUGCGACUUUAAAAAACUAAGAAGUUUAUUGAUUCGUACACAUAUGCUGGAUUUAAUUACAACUACAGAAGAAACUCAUUAUGAAAAAUUAUCUAUUGAAAAGGAUGAAAAUGCUAAAUUUGCUGAAGAGGAAGAGGCUCUUAGAAUUACUUUUACUGAUAAAGUUAAAGCUGAAGAAACUCGUUUCCGUCUCUGGGAACAACAGGUAAAUAAUCUAAGAAAAAGGAGAAAAAAAAAAGUAUAAUUUACUCAUCUAAUGUAUAUAUAAAAGCUCCUAUCUGAAAGAGACCGUUUACAUAAAGAAUUAGAAGCCCAGAAUGAAAGAAUUAAAGAAUUACAAUAUGAAAUUGAGGCUUACUAUAAUCAACGUGAUUCUCCAAGAAACAUUAGAAAAUAAA